ACACCCGCCGAAAUAGUCACUCCGCGGGUGGUUUAUGCGGGGGAGAGCUUAUGAUAGGGUGAAUUUAGGAGAGCACCCGCUUUUCGGGGGCUGCAUUUUACAUAACACCCUCCUCAUUCUUGAAUUUUGAUUGAACUCUUGAGAUUGAGUUAAGUUCUCCUCCUACAGCUUACCCCCUAGUGCGUCGAAAGCCAUAGCGUCGCAAAUACUUCAUCAAUCAACAUGAUUCAAAUUGGGAACGGUAGCUGAAAUUAAGAGCUACAACAUAUCCAAGUUUCGCGACAUUCCAACGGCUAGUGUUUCGUCGACGUCGUUUCUUGUGAAGACGACUUUUCUGUCCAGAAUUUCGGAGUUAUAUUUUGAGUAAUUCUAGCUCCUAAGUUCACCUAGACUCCGUCCUUAAUCCUAACAAGUGGUAUCAGAGCCAUAUUAAGGACAUUGAGAGGAGUCUACAGAAGUGUGAAGACCCUUCUAGACCCACCAUGGCCUGUGGGUGUGCCUAAGUGGCGUUCUAAAGGUUGGAUGUGUCUUCCGCUAAGGGGAAACUCUGCCGAAAUUUCGUGGACGCUGAUACUUGUGAAAAUAUCGGGGGAGCUGAGUGUGGACAGCAAAGGGGAGCUGAAAUUCGUCAUUUCUCAAGGAGAAGAUGAAUGAGAGAGGAGGAGAUGCUAAUGGAAGAGGAGCUGUAGCUGAGAAGACAAGUGAGCCGCCGCCAUCAAAAGUUGAAGCUUUGGAUGGCUCCAACUAUGAGGAAUGGAGCGGACGGACGAGGAGUGCCUUCAAACGCUACAAGCUACUGAAGAUUGCUGUUGGGGAAGAGAAGAUGCUGGAAGAAGGCGAAGCACGCGAACGGUUGCACCAGUCACAUGACCCCACGGGCAGAUUUGCUUGAUGAGGUAAAACCCCCUGGGAAGAUUAAGUAUGUGGCAGCAGCGUCAGCACUACAGGACCAGCCAAGACCCCACUUGCACUUGUGCACAUGGAUGUGGUGGGGCCCACAAGAGCCCCUUCCCUCUCAGGCAGCCGCUAUUUCUUGACAAUUGUAGAUGACCACACUCGGGCAGUGUGGGUUUACCCUUUGAAGAGCAAGGGGGAGGUGGCAGCGGCUGUCCUUAAGGAGUGGAUGCCUAGAGCUCAGAGGGAAUGCGGACACAAGAUUCUUGAAUUUUGAUUGAACUCUUGAGAUUGAGUUAAGUUCUCCUCCUACAGCUUACCCCCUAGUGCGUCGAAAGCCAUAGCGUCGCAAAUACUUCAUCAAUCAACAUGAUUCAAAUUGGGAACGGUAGCUGAAAUUAAGAGCUACAACAUAUCCAAGUUUCGCGACAUUCCAACGGCUAGUUUUUCGUCGACGUCGUUUCUUGUGAAGACGACUUUUCUGUCCAGAAUUUCGGAUUUAUAUUUUGAGUAAUUCUAGCUCCUAAGUUCACCUAGACUCCGUCCUUAAUCCUAACAAGACGCAGCAGCAGCAGUCAUUGCAGCAGCAGCAGCAGCAGCCGCAGAAGCUACAGCAGCAGCCAUGGGCUCGCCUCCCGCCGGGGUGGCCAGGAGCCCCUGGAGGUGGUGGCCGGGGUGGCGGUCCUCGCAGCUCGGCGUCUACCGGCGGCUUCGGUAUUGCAGGCCGCCAGUACCAGCUCUAGACCGGGCCCCUUCAUGGCACUGUGUGCCGCCGCCCGCACCCGACCGCCUGCGACUUCCGCCGCCUCGACGACCUCUUCCGUCGCCGCUUCGGCCCGGCCCCGAACCUCCUGACUGGCACAGUGUGCUGCACCACAGUGUGCUUGUUUUUGACCUAGAC